AUGGCAGAUGACGCUAUAUUGCACCCACUUGGCAAAGAUACUUCCAGCGGUGAAGACGGACACUAUGAAUCUGGCCACACCACGCGCCUCCUUUCCAAGAAUUGCACUGAGUUCAGUUCAAGGCAACUGACAAAAGAUGCCGAAGCCUACUGCAGCGAACAGGAGCCGAAAGUAUUUUCCAGCCUGAAGGAUUCACGGGAUAACGGCGAGGUAUCUGAGAACCCUGGAAGGCUACGAGACAGCAUAUUGGCCACGAGAUCGAAAGAGCCGGCACCUAGCGACGAGCUGAAGAAAUUCCGAUGUGUGGAUGCCGGUGGCCCAUCGCCGCUCCAGCAGCAGUGUCUAUUGGGAACCAACCAACCAACCAACAAGCUCUCUGCUGGGAACAGCGUAUCGGCCUCAGGCCGAGGAUCAUCAACCCCGUUUCUUGACGAAGAUUCAAGCUACAAAGUCGUCCUGCCUCGUCUACCAACCGGUAACGAUGUUUUGAAUUCCGUUUUCCUUCAUGCCGACUUGAGUGGUAGACCGUAUCGUGCCCCAGACUUCCGUGACGCGCUGCUCGAAGUGGUGACCACUGCAGAUAUCAUAGGUGUGGGACAAUAUCAAAUGAGCCACGUAUGGAUGGUUACGUGUGCAAGCAGCGCGGCGAAACAGAAACUUGUCACCCGUGGUGAGCUCCGUGUAAAAGGGCGGAAGUGCAUGGUGAUAGACCUGGAGACCAAGAACAUUAAGCUAAAGCUUCUAUGGCUUCCACCUCAUCUUGAAUCACGGCGUGUGGAAGAGGCGUUCCAAGCUUACGGUGUGGUGAAGUCCGUUGACAGAGAGGUGUGGAGGUGUGCUGGUAUGGAGCACGGGAUGACAACAAAUAGGGAUGUUUCCUUGGAGCUCAAGGACACCAUCACUGUGAGCUCAAUACCGCAUAUUAUGUCUAUCUACGGUCACCAGUGCCUAGUACUUAUUCCCGGUAGGCCUCCGCUGUGUCUUCGUUGCAAGCGAGUGGGGCAUGUCCGUCGACAAUGCAAAACACCGAGGUGCAUGCCGUGCCAUCGAUUCGGUCAUUCGUCGGAUGCCUGCGUGUCGACUUACGCCAGCAAGCUUCGUUCUGGCCAAUCUAGCGCAGAAGAGCCGCAUCUGGACCAUCUCAUGGAUGCUACGGAGGUAGUUGAUGCGACAGGAGAAGCAACCGGAGAAGCAGUAGGUGGCAUAAAGGAAGAUCAACACUUGUCCAUGGAAGCCAUGCCCAGCAGCCACAAUAACACUGCUAAAGACAUCAGCGAAGACAUCAGCGAUGAGAUUACUGCAGGGGAACACUCCCAGCAAGAACUUAAAGAAAAGCCUCCUGAUGACGAGGGAGAAGAAGAGGCAAUGGAUAGCAGCCAGACCAGGAAACGUCCGGCACCGCUCAGCGACGAAGCAAGAACAAGGCCACACAACAUUAAUACCAAAAAGUACUGA